AUGGAGGCUGGUCACGGCCCCAUUCAUCCCUCUGGACCUAUAUACAUUUCAGCCCAAGCCCAGCAGCCACCGCCGCAUGGGCACGCACCCCAUCCUUUCGUCCACCAGGCGUCUCUUCCCCAGCAGCAGCACCUCUACUAUCCCCCCCAGCCAGCACGUCCGGCGUCGCCAGAAGAGCUGAAUGGCGUACCAUGCUUGCAGGUGACGCAGCCGACACCGACAAAGGGGAGAAAGUAUAGGACGGCGAGUGAUGCGGGAGGAAGCACGUCAGGGGAGAGUCUGUAUAUGGCGAGCCCGACGUGGCGGACGGGGCCUAUGCUUCCUUCGUCUGGGUCGGCAGGUGGGUCGUUGGAGGUCUCUGUUGAGCCAUUACAGCACUAUACCGGGCCACCAUUGAGAGCAAGCAGGCCUAGAUCCCCCGACGCGGAACACUUCAGGGAGGGUAGCGAAGAUGACAAGGAAGCAAGGAGAAAGCAGAGGGCACGAGAGAUGGGCAGAGAACGGCAGCGUAGAAAACGGGAGAGAGACAAAAAGGCCAGAGAAGAAGCUAUGAAGGGAAAGAGCCAGAGCCGAGACGACGUGCCCUCGGGGCGUCGAACUAGCAACGCAUCAUAUACUGGCUCUCAAAACUCUCUUAGCAUUACUGUCCCUUCCCCGGCCUCCGCCUACUCGCCUCUGGGCACCAGCAGCUCAUACUUUUCCAUCUCGCCGUCCGGCCAUCAGCUUGGCCAGAUGUCCGGCCAGUCGUCCCCGGGCGCAUUCUUUUCGCCCACCGUCUCGACACCAGGCAGUUUUUUGGAGAGCAGUGGGACGAGUUACUGGGGAGAAGGGAAAGCGGGAGCGGGCGGCCUCGACUUGUCUGCCAACAAGCCCACACGGCCUGUCCCUAGCCGGGUAUCGUCAGGCAAUAUCCCCAAAAACGCCACGCUGGCAAUGUCCUCAUCGACCGGUCUCCCCGUCCCACCCGACUCCAACUCUACCUCGCAACCCAUCGUCGGUCCUGCUCCCCCCACCAAGCGCCGCAAAUCCGAGCCCAAGCCUGAUACGUUUCGCGCCACGCGAGAAAAUUCUUUUGGGCGCGUGCAGAGCUUGGCAGCGCUUGAGCGGGCAAAGGACGAUCGGCCUAAGCUGCAGCGUACUUCAUCGGAUGGAGCAGUGCUGAGAAGGAUUGAUACCAAGGAAAAGUCGAGGUCACUCACACCGCCCCCGGUACCCUUGUUGCCCGAACAGUUUCGACAUCAGAGCACGCUGAGCAUGCCGGAUACUGGUGAGCUCACCGGCGCGUCUUCGGAGGGCCAAUACUUUGCUUCUCUUAUUGUGCAUGAGGCGGCCAGUUCGAACAGCGAGAAUGCGGUGCUGAUGCGGGAGCGUCUGGGUCUGGGCAUCGAAGAGAUGUCGAGCAUGAAGGACAAUAUCGCGAUGGCAUAUGACAAGUGGAAGCUGGAGAGGGGUAUGAGCAAGAUAUCGCUUGGCAGUGAUAGCAUUUCGGCGUCGACGGCCCCCUCUGCAUCACAGUCGCCCCGUGGAAGCCGUACGAGCCUCCCCGAUCCCAACAUCUUUACGCCCGUGUCCAACAUGCCUGUACGCUACGCCCGCGUUCCCAAUACGCUUCCCAUGUCGACGUCCUAUGCCCAGCACCAACCGCAAGAUUCACCAUUGACUUCUGUGGCUCAUGGCCGCGGACGGUCUCUGUCUUCUCUUUCCAUGACGGCAGUCAUCGAGAGCGCUGAGUGGAGUGUUUCAGACACACCCGGUGCUGUGCCUGCGGGGUCUAUGGUCAAGGACGAUACUGGAUCUCCCAACACUUCGUCCAUCCACACGCCUUCUACUGGUCAGGGUGCUUUCCCCAUCAUGGAGACCAACGCCCCUCCUAAGGCUCUUUGGACCGAUCCCGUGGGCGGGAGAAUGUACCAUGCGUACCACAAUGCUCCUGGCGUCCAGUCUAUCCAGAGCAGGGACGAGUUUAACCAAAAGUUUGUCUUUGGUGUUGAAGGACAGUUGCUGGAUAGUCCAUUGUCCAUGACGGGGCAGGUGGAGGGUAUGAAGCUGGAUAUGCCGCCGCCGCCCCCCUCUGCUGGCGGCGUACAUCAGCCAAGGCAGUCGAGCAUGUCUGCUCCUUCAGCGGCUGACAAGCCGACGUCGUCCAGGCGACAUGAGCGCCAUGCCUCGGCGUCGGUCGUCUCCACCAGAGAGGCAGGGCACUUCCGUACGCCCAGCGGUCCCCGCUCGGCUGGUCUUCGGAACGUUCAAACCCAGUUCACCCCGCCCACCCCGCUGAGCGCGAGAGGCAGCGGCAGCGUCCAAUCUCAGCAAAAUACCGCGCCGGGUUAUGCGGCAGACGAGCAGAUGGACGGGAUGCUGUUUUACACUGGUGUCUUUGGCACUGCGCCUCAGCAGUCCCAGGGCCAACAGGAGACUCAGGUCAAAGAAGCGCAUCCACAGCAGCAGCAGCAAGGAAACUUUAGUUUCAUGCCCAACCAGCCUUAUCCCUCCGCCCCUCCCGUCACUCAAGGCUCCUUCCAGACAUCUCUACCCGUAGCCACCUUCUCCUCGCAGCAGUCGGAGAAUCAGUGA